UCAGAAACCAUCGGACGGUGAUGUGAGCUGGAGGUCUUUUCUCGCCCUGCCUAUCCGUCCGUCUGUGUGCUUUCCUCUGCUCAGGCACCUCUCAGCUCCUGCUUUGACUUGGGUAGCUAAAACUCACUUUACCCCAGAGAAGCUCCCAGCGCAAAGUGAAAAGGAGGGGCGGGGCGGUUAUCACAGUCUCAAUUCAAUACAUGAGACUAUCGCCAUGUGCUCGGAUGACCGCAACGAAAGGUACCUACCUAGUCGUUGCUUCGUUUCGUUUAGGGGGAAAGAGGGCCGCAUUGCUUGCAUUGCCCAUCCGCCAAGCAGGCAAGGGCAGCUCGCCUCCGAACAUUCACACGCACCUAGUAAUCGGCCCAGCACCACAUCUCGGGCCUGUGGGCUGUGACACGCCGCUUUGUCAAUGUCUAUGGACAUCUGGGCAUUCGAAUGACCUUUCGCCUACCCUCAUUGGAUGCCCAUCGCUUGUCUCGGCCGCCGUCAAUGGGGCGCGUAAAGACCGAAUAGCGCAAGAUCCGAACGUGGGGUUGCUUCAUGACCCUGAAUCCAGCACACCACGCAGCGAUGCGAAAUUGAAGCUGUCAUGGGCUAAUCUUUCUAUUGCUCCUAUCCACGUAUUCGUAUCCAUACAAACGGCACUCAUUCUCGGAUAAGACAAAGGAGCCGCGGGUUUGUUUGACGUUAUGGCGUCGAGAAAGCCAUCGUGUCCAAUUAGCUCGAGUUCCAUGGUCAACUCAACUGUCAGUGUCACC